CCCUGUAGCCACGCCUCUUUCCAUAGCCCCGCCCCUUAUUUCCACUCUCCACAGCACUAUUUCCCUUGCGUACUUUGGCCACGCCCCUCCGGUAUUGGCCACGCCCCUCUCGCGGCGACCACGCCCCUCCCGUCUUGGCCCCGCCCCCCCGUCUUGGCCCCGCCCCCUGCCAUGUCGGACUCGGUGCUGCUGCUCCGCCGUGUUCGGGACCGCAGCUCCGGUGCAGGGGACGCGGCCCCAUCCGGUCCCGUUGGGGGUCCCGCUCCGGUCCCAUCCCCCCGCCGCAAACGGGGCCGUCGCCGCCGGUUCUACCCCGAGCACCGCGUGUACCGGGCGCGCUGCUCCUUCCUGGACCUGAGCGAGGAGCAGGUGCUGCGGCGUUACCGGCUCGACAAGGCCGCGAUCGCCGGGCUGUGCCGGGAGCUGGGCGCCGACCUGGAGAGCCUGACCGGCCGCAGCCACGCGUUACCGGUAGCCGUCAAGGUGACGUCCGCCCUCACCUUCCUGGCGUCCGGCUCCUUCCAGACGGCCACGCGGGACAGCACCGGCAUCAGCCAGUCGGCCAUGUCCAACUGCUUGGCGCAGUUCCUCGAGGCCCUGCAGCGCCGGGCGGCGCGGUUCAUCACCUUCCCGACGCCGGUGCGCGCCGCUGCCGCUACCGGAGCCUUCCCCGGCGUGCUGGGCCUCGUGGGCAGCAUGCACGUGGCGCUGCGGGCGCCGUCCGAGAACGAGCCCGCUUACCGCAACGCCGGCAACUACCACUCCAUGAACAUGCAGGUGGUGUGCGACGGCACCGGCACCAUCACCAACGUCGUGGCCAAGUUCCCCGGGUCGUGCCCCAAUGCUGCCGUGCUGGAGAACUCGGCCUUGGCUCGGUUGUUGGAGGGGGCUCGGCCUGAUGGAGCCUGGCUGCUGGGUGACCGGAGCUACCCAUUGAAACCAUGGCUGAUGACCCCGAUCGCGGCUCCGCGCGGCGCGGCCGAGGAGCGGUACAACACCCUGCACCACCAGGCCCUGUCCGCGCUGCGCCGGACGCUGGCACUGCUGCGGCUGCGCUUCGGCUGCCUGGACAAGGGCAGGGGGUGCCUGCAAUACGCACCCCAAAAGGUUUGCCAGAUCUUCCUGGCCUGUUGCAUCCUGCACAACAUUGCCCUGCGCCGGCGCAUGCCCCUGGAGCUGCCCGACGGCGGCGGCACCACCGAAGCCACCGAACCCGAGCCGCCGGUGCCGGCACCACCAGGGCACAUCUCCAGUGAGGCCAGGGCCGUGCGGGCGCGGAUCGUGCAGCAGGUCAAGGAUGGGCUCGGAUGAGACCCCCCCCGUCCAUGAGAUCUGGGGGGGAUUUG